CUUGCCCAGGAGGUGAACUCUGGGGUUCCACACCAAUGACAGAGACAUUGCAUCUGGGCCAAAGCACCACUUUUCCAAAAUACUAAUAAGCAAAUGUACAAUUAUCUAGUCUACCCAGAAUUUUAGGUGCAGUACCUAAAGUAAUUAGAAGUUAAGUAGUAACUACAAGUUGAGUAAAAUGUAAAAAGUUACAGCAAUUGUCUUGGGAACUAUUGCUGCCAUUAAUGUAUGUUGAAGUCUAUGUAAACGUUGUCUGAUGCAUUUGCAAACAGAAAAGGCAUCUCACUACAGUUACUGUGUAGUCUGCAGGUCUGUGUUGGUUUCCCUGUGUGGGCGUGCGUUUGUAUUAAGCAACAGAAUAAACAUGAGCAUGUGUGCAGUGCACGCUUGUGUUUUGUGGAGAGGUGUCAAGACAAGUGUCUGGUUUUUAAAUCAACACUCAAGUGCCCAUUUGCAAGUUAACAGUGUCAUGAUAAUGUUGAAAACUUCAGACUGUUGUUAUUUUGCUCAAAACAACCUGUUAAAAAGCUUGCGCGCGAAAAUUAUGACAGUGACGUCAGGGGUGCGGGCUCAGCUUGUAUCAGCUAUGGUCAGCAAGUUAGCUCACGUGACGCUACAGAAAACGGAAGUGAUGUUAUCUUAAUAAAAAUAAAACAUCAUAUGUAAAAAAAAUAAAAUAAUAAAAGACUCUUAAGCGAUUGUACUAUGGAGUUUAAUGUCAUAUUUUUAUAUUUUUUGUAUCUGUAUAUUUAUUUACGUUUAAUUAACGGCGCAGCUUGUUUAAACUAAAACGAUACGUUAAGUAGACUUUAUUUUUCAAAACUUAACCGGAAGUACUAAGACUCCACAGUUGCAAGUUUGAUUAAGAAUAUACGCUGUGCUCCAAAUAGCUAGCCUACGGAUGCUAGUGUUUCUCCUCGCCAAAAUUGGAUUGUCAACAAGCUUUUUCGCUCCGUAUUUUUCCAGACAUACCUACGCCUCACUUACAAUAAGCACACUCUUCCCCAUGCUGUUUUCUGAUGAUACGGAUUCGUUUUAAAUGGGCUAAACAAACCGGCUCUGACAGCAAACUGGCUGGCUAACGGUGGCUUUUAGCUUAGAGAGUACAGCAAGUUAAGCGGCUGGAGAGGCAACCAUUACUAAAGAGGCGGCUUUAGACCGCCGGCUGUGUCAGGCAGUUGCAAAAAUAGGGAAACUCUGCUUAGUGGCAGACAUGAAGAAACCACGUCGAAAAGGCCAAGUGGCAGUGGAAGGAAACGGAAACUUGAAGAAGUCCAUUGGGACAGUCAGUGGCCGUGGAGGUGCCCGUCAGCGAUCUCCAUCACCAUACAGCCUCAAAGCAUCGCCAAACAGAGAAACACUGACCUACGCACAGGCCCAGAAGGUGGUGGAAGUGGAACUAGAUGGCAGGCUUCAUCGCAUUUCUAUUUUGGAGCCCAUGGAGGUUAUCACUGAGGAUGAGAUGAUGGCACAGGACAUAAGCGAAUGUAAUAGUAACAAGGAGAAUAGUGAGCAUUUGACACCACUCAAAAGCUGUCCCCCAACGUCACGCAAACCAGUAACACCACGAUCUCGUAGGAAAGACUCAAAAUGUACCCCCAUUAAGUCACCACCACCUUCCAAAAACUGUAUCUCUAAUUCUCAUCCUCAAACCCCAGAAAAACAACAUACAGCAAACCAACACAUGAACCUUCCUGAGCCUAAGUUCUGUGUGCUGGAAACUUUCAAACCAGUCGAGGCACCUCCUCUACCUACUGCAUAUUAUCGUUACAUUGAGCGUUCGGCUGAUGAGCAGGAAACUGUAGCAGAAUAUGAUAUGGAUGAGGAGGACACCAUCUGGCUGGAGUUGAUCAAUGAUGGUCGAACGUCAGAAGGCUAUUCGGCAGUCUCACCAGACACAUUUGAGCUGCUGGUGGACAGAAUAGAGGAGGAAGCAUACUUGGAAGCCAGGAGCCGGGCGCCCUCUCAGAGCGCAGUUGACGACGAUGCCUUCUGCUGUGUGUGCCUGGAUGAUGAGUGUCUCAACAGUAACGUCAUACUCUUCUGUGACUCUUGCAACCUGGCUGUGCAUCAGGAGUGUUACGGAGUACCUUAUAUCCCCGAAGGACAGUGGCUUUGCCGCUGCUGUCUUCAAUCUCCCCAGAAACCUGUUGACUGUGUCCUGUGUCCGAAUCGUGGUGGUGCGUUUAAGCAAACUAGCGAAGGACGCUGGGCCCACGUAGUCUGUGCCAUCUGGAUCCCUGAAGUGUGUUUUGCCAAUACUGUGUUUUUGGAGCCAGUAGAAGGGGUCAGUAACAUUCCUCCAGCCCGCUGGAAACUAACCUGUUACUUGUGCAAGCAGAAGGGCCACGGUGCAUCUAUUCAGUGCCACAAAGCCAACUGUUACACUGCAUUUCAUGUCACAUGUGCUCAGCGAGCUGGCCUCUUUAUGAAGAUUGAGCCUGUGCGAGAGACAAACAUCAACGGAACAAUGUUCUCUGUUAAGAAGACGGCAUUCUGUGAGGCUCAUUCUCCACCAGGACAGGACACUUUAUCAGAUGAGGAGAGUGAGGUAAGAAUAGUGGGCAGCAGAGGUAGGGCUAGCAGAGGACGUAGUGCCUACACAGAGGGUCCAACAACGCCAAAAAAAGGGAGAAAAUCUGAUGACAAUAACAACAAGGCAGAUAAAAAGAAAGGGAAGAAGAGCACUGAAUCCAAAGUUCAACACAUUUCUACUCCACAAGUGACCGUGCCACAGAUACCCACUAGCAGACUGAAUAAUAUCUGCAAAGGAAUCAUCUUACAGAAAAAAAGUCAGUUCAUGCAAAGACUCCACAGCUACUGGUUAUUAAAGCGUCACUCAAGAAAUGGUGUACCACUGGUGCGACACUUGCACUCUAAUGUCCAGUCCCAAAGGAACACAGAACAGCCUGAGGUGGAUAAAAAAGUCUCUGCGGCACGAGAAGCACUGAGAUAUUGGCAAAAACUCCGACGUGACCUGGAAAAAGCCAGACUGCUGGUGGAGCUCAUACGCAAGAGGGAGAAGCUCAAACGCGAACAGGUCAAAGUUCAUCAAGCAUGUCUGGAGAUGCAGUUGACACCAAUGUUAAUGCUUCUCACCUCAACCCUGGAGCAGCUGCAGGAAAAGGACACAGCCAAGAUCUUUGCACAUCCAGUCAACAUCAAGGAGGUUCCAGAUUACCUGGAGUUUAUCAGCCAGCCCAUGGACUUUUCCACCAUGCGCUCUAAACUGGAGGGUCAUGCCUAUCACUCUGUGGCUGACCUGGAAGCCGACUUUAACCUCAUGGUGUCCAACUGCCUUAUCUACAAUGCCAAAGACACAGUCUUCCAUCGGACGGCGCUGCGACUAAGAGAUUUGGGGGGUGCCAUCCUGCGUCAUGCUCAACGUCAGGCCACCAACACUGGCCUGGACCUAGACACUGGCAUGCACCUCCCACAGUCCCCAAAGAAGAGAGACUUUUACAGCUGCACCUGGGAUGAUGUUGACAGCAUGUUGGAUCCAGAAAACCGGCUUCACAUGUCUGUGGAGGAGCAGCUCAAAGAGCUUUUAGAAAAGCUGGACUUUGUCACCUCCAUGCGAUACAGCGGUGCCCGGACCCGACGCAUGCAUCUGCUUCGACGUGAGAUCAACAACAUCCGCCACAAGCAGGGUCAGCACUCCCGCAAUGGUCAUUUAAAUGGACAUGUGAAAGAAGAGGAUGACGAGGACGAUGAAGAGGACGUUGAAGAGAAAGACAUAAAGACAGACAGUGGCCUUUUGUCUUCAGAUAAAGAAGACCUCAAAUCGGCGUCGCCACCGAUGCUAGAACCUACAGGGCCGGCUCCUCCUCCAAGACGGGGAGACACACCAUUGGAGCCUCCCACCCUGCGGCCAAUCACAAAGGAUCCCCAGUCUCACAAUUGGCCCUGCAAACGCCUAAAGUUGGACAGUGACUUAUCAAAUACCACUAAUUGCACUAGAACACAGGAGCGGCCAGUGUCACCGCCUCCAAUAUUGCACAUUGAGGGACAAGCGGUGGCUAAUGGUCUGUCAGAACCCGAAGCCUCACUAAGACCUACCACUGGGGGGGUGGGACGACGGACUUCUGUUUUAUUCAAAAAGGCAAAAAAUGGUGCAAAGCUGUUCAGAGAUAAAGACGUUUUGGUGAAUGGUAAAGCCCUGAUGGACAAUACACCUUCAGCACCCAGCUCCACAGCCAGCACCCCAUGUUCCACUCCUGUGUCCACUCCUUCAAAAACCCCACAGAAAAGCCCUGGACCACCCACACUCAAAGAACAGUGGACUCCCAGUCGAGACGCAAACUCAGAGCCAGAGAAGACACAGAAUCAAACACUGGAAAGUGAACUCACAAACGGCUUCCACAGGCACAAAAGUGGCGGAUCUGACUCCGAGUACAGCCCCUGUCCUGUCCUCCAGAAAGAAAUCAGCUCUCCACCCAAACGAAGCCUUGGGAAACCUNCUCUGUCCAAAGUGCCCUACACAGAGAUAGUCAAUGGAGACUCCGAUUACACUGGGAAUUGCAGCCAAACUUCAGAGGAUGAGACGGAGCUGGAGCCUCUGGAUCUGGUGUGGGCCAAGAGUCGAGGAUAUCCUUCCUAUCCUGCUCUGAUCAUUGACCCAGAGAUGCCUGAGGAGGGCAUGCUGCACAACGGGGUUCCCAUCCCUGUCCCACCAAAAGACGUUCUCCAUCUGGGGGAGCAGAGACAGGAGGAGACCAAUGAGAGACUCUACCUGGUGCUUUUCUUUGACAACAAGAGAACAUGGCAGUGGCUCCCACGUGACAAGGUGACACCUCUGGGCAUAGACGACACAGACGACAAACUGCGUAUAAUGGAGGGGCGCAAGGCCAGCAUCCGCAAGUCUGUCCAGGUGGCCUACGACCGCGCCAUGAUCCAUCAGAGCAGAGUCAGCCAUAGUCAAGGCUUUGUGGCCUCUAAUUACCUGUAGAGGGCGACGUCUGACAGAGUGGGCCGCUCCUCAUUUUACAUUGGUCUUCAAGAAGCAGCAGGUGCUUUGGAUUUCUACUGAGAUAUAUGUGUUUUCACACUGUGGUGUGAUGAUUUUGUCACUGCAGCACAGUCUGUACAGUGGACUGUGGUUCUUUACAAAACCACUAUGGAGUGACACAUGGUGAUCAUGGCCUUUCUGUGGUGAAGGAUCCUCCUUCAAGGUUCCCUCAGGCUCUACUGUUGUGGUCAGAGCUCCUUAUAUUUCUCCACCUGGACAUUUGGAGACAAUGUUUGAAUUAAAAUGGAGAAAAAAGUCUCUAUUUUGUUUAAAGCUACUGCCAAGGAAUCAAAUCAGAAAAAGAUCUGACAUAUUUAUACCACAGAAUACGAAUGAAUGGAUCACUGCCAUCAUUUUUUAUACAAUAGCUUUUUACAUUUUAAACUUUUAGACUCUUGUAUAUUAUAAAGGCACACCUUGUGUACAUAUGUUUGCGUUAUUAUCAAACCCCAAUUUUAAGUUAAUGUUGUUUUGAAAAGAAAUGCGUAUUUCAAUCAAGCCACCAGGGGGAUAUGAGGCUGUGUAUAUUUUUAGAGAUAAAAUAUUUCCUGACUUGCUGCAAUUCACUUUUAGAUUGAAUUUAAUGUAAUUUCACUGUGUUGUGCGUGUGUGUGUUUUCUAUACAUUUAGAGCACACAAACACAAUGAACUGUUCUUAUAUUUGAAUUCUCUUUUUUGAUACAGAGAGAAAUAAUUUAUUUAUGGAAGACAGAACUAUAGAAAUAAAGCUAUAUUGGUUAAAAUAGAAAAAAAUAACUUUUAUUUAAAACAAAUGGAGUGAUGUUUAAAAACAAAUAACAGAGCCAAAAAUACAGAAUCAUUCACGAUUGAUUUUAAUGUUGACAAAACUCUAGACCGUUGUCCAUGACAUCAACUCAGAGGACAUUAUUUAUUGUCCAGACUCAUUUUAUCAAUUGGACAAACUACACCUUUAUAAGCUUUGUAUGACAUGCAUAUUUUACCUGCUCAAAUAUUUUGUCUGAACUGAUGUUUCCUUAUU